AUGACAGGAAAACCGCUCAAUAAUCUACCCAUUCUUGAUAUCGUCUCUGGAGAUGAAGUGCUCGCCGACACCUUCAAGAUCCAGGAGGUCGACAAGGUUUUCUACCAGUGCGAUUGCCGCAAGUACCUCAAGAAAGUGAACGAGGACUUCGAGCUGGAGGGUGCCAACCCCUCUGCUGAGGGUGGUGAUGAGGAGGCCGGUGAGGGUGAGUCCGUCAUGGUCCACGACAUCGAGGACCAGUUCCGUCUCGUCUGGCUCAAGACCGAGGAGGGCAUGAAGCCCUCCAAGGAUGCCUUCAAGGCUCACCUUAAGACCUACAUGAAGAAGGUCCUCACCAAGCUCACUGAGAAGGGAGCUCCUGCCGAAACCAUCGACGAGUUCAAGUCCAACGCCCCCGCUGGUGUCAAGAAGCUUCUUGCCAACUACGAUAACUAUGAUGUUCUCAUGGGCCAGUCUAUGGAUGGUGAUGCUAUGCACAUUCUCAUUGACUUCCGUGAGGACGGUGUCACCCCCUACGCCACUCUCUGGAAGCACGGCCUUGAGGAGACCAAGGUGUAA